AUGGCGUGCAGUUACGAAGAGUCCGUAGAAUCGUGUAAUGUGAACCUAGUGAAUGAUGAGAAAUUGGAGGAAACUUAUCGACCAAAUGAUGAUGCAAUCCAAAUAGUGGAUAAUGGGAGAGCGUGUGAGAAAAUCAGACUUAGCGCGUAUGGAUGUGCUCUUGGAAAACACUCGUAUCAUUCUGGCAUCCAUUGCAUUCGACUUAGAAUGACUACGCUUGGGGUCGCUAUGACAGUGGUCCUUCGACGUACGGUUGGACGAGAGAUGAUGGUCGCAUAA